UCGUGUCCAUCUUGAAAUACUACUACUACCUACUUGCUGUAUGUUGUGUCGGCAACUUCUACGACUGGCCCAGGCGUGACCAUUAAACACACACUCACAUAUAUAGAGACAGUCUAUCUAGCCCCGAUGCGUUUCCACAGCUUCAUCGCCCUGGCGGCCGCGACCGCUCAAAGCGCCGCCGGCCUGGGAAUCAACUGCCACGGCGACACGCUCUGCGGAAUCUCGUACAUGAGCGGCGGCCGCCUGACCCAGUUCCAGACCAUCUUCGACAACAUCUUCGAGAAGCGGAUAUACGACAACGGCGACGACGUCGGCUGCAUCGAGGUCCACUCGGUCAACUUCAAGGGCUCCUUCAAGGGCACGUACUGCGCCUACGUCCAGAACCUGGACGGCAGCGUCAGCGGCGCCACCCUCAAGAGCCUCUACACCGAGCUGGUCAACUACGGCUGUGGAAUCUGCGGCUCCAUCCCCAUCCACUAUGACAAGGGCGACGACGACGUCAACCACGGCGAGCUCUCCUUCAACAUGGUGGACAGCCUCCCGGACAACUGCGAGCUCAACAAGCCCUGCUCAGCGCUCUCCUAAAUCAUGAUUGUUCAGUAAUAGUCGAUGGAGUGGUCGGAUAGCGAAUUUGCGAGUCAUUCUCAGAUAUACGCCAAUUUCAUUCCGUUUCGUUUCGCGCAGCGAUGUGUGCAUCCGAUUUUCGUGUCGAGGAACGCGCCAUGAUGAUACCAAGCCCCUCCAUCGCAGACCGCUUGAUUUUUUUUUUUUUUUUGUUAAGAGGAGAUGGGAAGGACAAAAAAGGCGUUUUGGCGCAGCAAAGUUGACAAGUCCAAUUUGUAAUCUAGCGAUUCGUUUCUCUAUACAUUGUUCUUUAUUUAUCCUGUUGAGCUGGGAGCUUAGAAAGAAAUAGUAGGUAGUAAGCAUUUUAAUUCUCAAGCCACCCGGCCUUAUCGGA